CCCCGAAUCGCAGGCAAUGGCCCCUUCCCACCCCCCACCGCCGCCUCGGGCGGUGUCCCCGGCCUCACUCCCGACAUCCCCAUCUGCGCCAUCUUCCUCGCCCUCUUCGUAGCAGGCGCGGCAACAAACAUGACCAUCUUCCAGCGCAACCGUCGGAGAUCGUACAAGUUCUUUUUCUCGGUCCUGCUCUUCGGUUUCUGCAUGGCGCGUAUCGUCGCCCUAUCCAUGAGAAUAGUCUGGGCGUCCAAACCGAGGGACGUCAACGUUGCGAUUGCCUCGCAAAUCUUCACCGCGGCUGGGGUGCUCAUCUUGUUCAUCACCAACCUGAUUUUUGCGCAAAGAAUCAUCCGGGCCUAUCAUCCCUUUUUUGGCUGGAGUAAGAGCAUCACCUGGCUGUUUAGGGUCCUGUUUGGGAGUCUGAUUGCGUUGCUCGUCAUGGUUAUCAGCGUGACGGUCCAGAGCUUUUUCACGCAGGACCCGGGGGUGAGGAUGAUUGAUCGGAACAUUCAGCUCUUUUGCGCGACGUACCUGGCCGUCUUUGCGUUUUUGCCGAUCCCGUUGGUGACGCUGGCGGCGGUUGUACCGAGACGGACCAAGAUUGACAAGUUUGGGGAGGGGCACUUCCGGACAAAGUUUGCGCUUUUGACGUUUACUGCUUUGUUGCUGGCGGCGGGGGCCAUCUUCAGGGCGGUGAUUGCGUAUUAUCCUAGGCCGGUGAACAACCCGGCUUGGUAUCACGGCAAGGCGCCGUAUUAUUGUUUUAAUUUUGGGAUUGAGCUGGUGGUGGUGUAUGUCUAUGCGGUCUCGCGGUUUGACAAGAGGUUUCACAUUCCGGACGGGUCGUCGGCGCCGGGGCAUUAUUCUUGUUCGGAUUACGGGCCGAGGCGGAGCGCGGUUGCGGCGGCGGUGGCGGCGGCGGAUUUUGAGAAGAGGAGCAGUUAUGCGUAUGGGAAGAUGGCGAGCAGUGUGGAGGAGGGGAGUGCAAGUGUUUGGACGGGGUCGAGGUAUUCGACUAUUAAGAAGGGGAGUGGGAGCUCAAAGUCGUUGCCGAGUAGUUUGGGGAGGCCGAGUGUGACUGCUCGACCGAGCAGCAGUCGGGGCCCGGGGGGGUUGAGCAGCAGUGGGAGGAGUUUGAAGAGUGUGAGGUCACUUUAUUCGCCGGCUGCUACGGAUGAGAAUGCUGUGGUGUCGGGUGAGAUGGAUGGGGGGUCGUCGGAGGCGACGAGGGCGGAGGAUUUGGCCUGGAUGGCGAGGGCAAUGGUAGGCUUUCAUUCCCAUGAGUUUGGCGUUGAUCCCUUGUCCCCUUAUGAUGAGAUUCUGAGGCUGGACCGGCCGUUGCCCCCGCUGCCUCCUGCCCCUCCGCCGAGAGAGUACCCGCCGCUGCUGCCGCCUACGGAGGUGUUGGGGCCGGACCUGGCGUAUGGGUAUGUGCAGGUUGCGGGUGGUGGUGGUGGUAUUAUGGGGGCGAUCAGUGAGGGGACUGAGGCGGAGGAGGAGGAGGAGGAGGAGGAGCGGUAUCAUCAUCCAGAAUGA